AUGAGAAGGAAACCACUGGAUACACCCCUGUUUUCUCUUCAACCAUCAAUCAAUGAUGAAUUAAAUUCAUCAUUUGCAUACAACUCAGUUCCAAGUUCUACACAAUCCAAUAGUCGCCAUCAAUCAAAUCCCCAUCGAAUAUCGACAAGUUACAUUUUUAGUAUCAAAAAGAAAGUUCGAACCAUCAAUGAAAGUCAAUCUGAUUUAUCUUCAAAUGAUACAGCAAGUAUAGCAUCAUCUGGUACUCAACAUUCAACUUCUAGUUCUCGUAUAGCGAAAACUUUAACCAAUAGAUCAACUUCAUCUUUAAUACCAAAUUCAACAACAAGUAUCAUACCCAAUCAUCAAAUAUCACAAUCAACCCAUAAUCGUAAUGCAUCUGCAUUUAGUAUAUCAACGUCAAAUUCAACUGAAACAAUAGUAGGCAAAAAGUCAUUAAAUAAAAAACCAACCCAUACGUCAAUAAUAUCUAUGCCAAUAUCUUCUGAUGCCACCCUUUUAUCUACAGGCUCAAAAUUGGAAAAACCAGAAUCAAUAUAUGAAAUAAAUCGUAUGUUUAAAGAGUUGAUGGAAAAACGAGAUUUUAGAUCUUUACCUCCACUAGCAAAACAAUCAAUGAUGAAUUAUCAUGAAGACAAGAAAUGGACGUUGAUUAGUCAAGAUAUAAUUGCCGAGAAAAAUCGUCAGGAACGUAUGGUUGCAAGUAGAGAUGAUGCAGGAGCUGUAACUUCUCCUGAAUGGUAUACUAAAAAAUUAUUAUCAAAAACUAUACUGGCUGAUCAAUUAAAAAAUCUUUGGGUGUCUUUAAGAACUGAACCUAUAGAUUGGGUAAGAAAUUUCAUUUAUGAUUGUCAAGGUGAUGCAUCCUUAUCAGCAUAUUUAAUUAAAGUUCAAGAAGAAAUUACCAAUACAGAACAUAAUGAUAUUAAUGCCGAAAUCUUUGAUCGAGAAUUUAAUACUCUUAAAGCAUUAAAAUGUAUGAUGAAUCAAAAAUUAGGAGCAGAAAGAGUUAGACAUGAUGUUGAUUUAUAUGUAACUGCCAUUUCUGGAUCAUUAUUAUCUCCUAGAAUAGUCACACGAAAAAUAGCGGCGGAAUCAUUAACAUUUAUGAUUGCUUAUUAUGGUACUAAUAAUAAUGGUGAUCAUGGGAAAUAUUAUAAAAUAUUGAAAGCUUUAGAUUCAAUACCUAAUAAACCUCAUUUUGAAUUUGAAAAUUUCAAACCAGGAGAUUCACUCAAGACUCCAAGACGAUUGGUUAGAAAACCACCUGCACCAGAACAAUAUAAAAGAUUUGAACUUUGGUUGAAGUUAGUUAGCAAAACAAUAGAUGGAAGAGGGAAAUAUAUGAAUUCAUUAGUUGGGGCAAGUGAAGAUUUUAAAUCCGCUCAUGUCGGAUCUUCAGCUACAAGUUUGGAGAAUCAUUUAAUCGAAUAUUGUUUGGGUACUAUGUUAUUAAUAAAUACAAUUGUCGAGUAUGGAUCAGAUUAUAGAAUGAGGAUUCAUUUACGAGCACAAUUCAAUGCAGCUGGGUUAACUCACUUACUUGACAAGUUUCAAGAUUUAGGUUAUGAUAGUUUGAAUCAACAAUGUUCUAAAUUUAUGCAAAUGGCUCAAGAUGAUGAAGAAGAAUUAAAGAGUAGAGAACAAAUUGAUGAGAAUUUAGAUUUUAAUAACCCAGUUGAGUUGAUACUGUCAAUAUGGGAGAAUGUACAAGAUUCCCAAGCUCAAGGGUAUUUGUUAAGUGCAAUUCAACAUCUUUAUUUAACUCAAUAUGAAAAACAUCAUGAUAUAAAUGAAAUGACGAGGAGUUUACGACUCUUGGAUGGAUUAAUUCAAAAAGUAACUUUGGCACAAACUACAAAUGAAGAAUCGGCAAUGUCUAGAGCCAUUCAACAAUUAACUUCCAUGAUGACUACUGAUGAUAUGUAUCAAAAAGCCGUGAACGAAGCAAGAAAUUAUCAACGAAUGGCUGAAGAAGCCAUUUCUGAACGAGAUGAGAUUUCAAGACAAUUGUCAAUGGGUGCAGAAGGAAUGAUUAGUAGUUUGAGUAAUGAAUUACAAGAAACUGAAAGUGUAUUACUGCGAACAAGAAUAAGGGCAGAUGAAUUAAAUGCUGAAUUGGAUGAAUUAAAGCGGAAACAUUUACAAGAAAAACAAGAACAAGAAUUAGAAAUGAGAGAAUUAUUAAUCAUGUUGAAUAAUGCAGAGAUUGAAACAAAGCAUUCAGAUGGUAAAACAUCAGUUUCAUUAAAGACAACAAAUGAAGAAUUGGCAAAUAAAUUAAAGAAACAAAUUUAUAGAAGACGUACUCAAUACAAAUUGGAUAAUAGAAAAUUUGGUACUCAAGUUGAACCUCUGAGACGUUUACAAGCAUUAAGAGAUCAAAUGGGUGAUAUUGAGAAUAUGGCACGUGAAUUAGAAAUGACAGAAUUUGAAGUCUAUUCUGAUCCUACAACUCCACGUAAUCAAUCCGAAUCAGAAGAUGAAUAUGAAAGUGAAAGUGAAGAAUCCGAAUCUGAACCAGAACCAGAACCAGAACCAAUAUUUUCAUCAGAACCUAAACGAGCUGCGAGAAAUGAUGAUUUAGUCAAACUAGAUCAAUUGCGGAAGAAAUUGGCUAGUUUACAGAGUGAAUCUAAUGAUAUUAUGAAAUAUAACAAUAGCGCCAUGUUUAGUCGUCAAAAAUAUUUGGCUAUGGAAAGAUUACGUGAAUUGGAGAAUAAUUUCAAAGAUUUCAAUAUUGAUUUUUCAACUAAUGAAGAAGAUAAUAAAGUAGUGGAACAAAAUCAAUCAUUUGGAAAUGGAUCAGAUAUGGAUGCAUCUAUUCGAGAUAAGAUCAAAGAAGAAUGGGAAGAAGUGGCAAGAUUGAAUCGUGAACUUAAGAAGAAAUUAGAGGAGGUUGAUUCUGAGAAGAAAAAGAAACGUGGAAGUAAAUCAAUCAAUAGACGAUCCAUUAUCGAUAGAAUUGAAGAUAAAUAUAUUAGAGGAAAGGUUACGAUGGAAAGGGCUGGAGAUGUGGUUAGCUCUAGCCCAGGAACUAGUGAACGUAAGAGAAGGAACAGAAUGACUAGUAUUGGAGCGAUGGAUCCUAAAUUCUUGCAAGAGUUAAGUAGUAAGGUUGCCAAAGCUCCAGCUAUACCUACAACCACAGAAGAAGAGGAAGAAGAUGGAAAGGGACUGGAAGAUCAUGAAUCUGCAACUACUGCUUCAACUUCUCCUACUGUUACAACUGAAGAGACGGUCGAAUCUAAACCUGAAACUACGUCUGCGGCACCACCACCACGACCAGUGACACCAAUGCUUGGUGGAUCAGAUUCAUCUUCAGCACCAGCACCACCACCUCCACCACCACCACCUCCUCCUCCAUUGCCACCAAUGCUUAGUGAAUCAAGCUCAUCUGAUGCACCUCCAGCUCCAGCUCCACCACCACCACCUCCACCAUUGCCGCCAAUGCUUAGUGGAGCAUCGUCGCCAUCUGCACCUCCUCCACCUCCACCACCUCCUCCUGGAUUCUUGAAUGGUGGGGUUAUCCCACCAGCCCCUCCAUUACCAUCUAUGAGUAAACCAGGUUCACCAAUGAUACAACAACAGCCAAGAUCUUCGAUGAUUUUAGACAAUAUCCCAAGACCAAAGAAAAAAUUGAAACAAUUGCAUUGGGAAAAACUUGAUCGUAACCAAGCACAGAAUUCCUUCUGGAAAGAUCCAAAUACUCGUACGAUUGCUAAUGAAUUAAUGUCCAAGGGUAUUUUCGAUGAAAUUGAAUUAAUUUUCUCAGCAAAAGAAAUUAAGAAAUUGGCAACUAAGAAGAAAGACGAAGUUGAUAAAGUUUCUUUCUUAUCUCGUGAUAUGGCACAACAAUUUAGUAUCAAUUUACAUGCUUUUAGUUCAUUAUCUGAUGAAGAAUUAGUUUCAAAAAUCUUAAGAUGUGAACGUGAUAUUUUACAUAAUACUGCUGUAUUGGAAUUCUUUAGUCGAGAAGAAAUUGUGGAAAUUUCAAAUACUUUGGCAAGAAAUUUGGAACCAUAUUCUACGGAUUAUAAGACUGAUGGAGAAGUUUCAAAACCUGAUAAAGAUCCAAAUGAAUUACAAAGGGCUGAUAGAAUAUAUUUGGAAUUGAUUUAUAAUUUACAACAUUAUUGGAAAUCCAGAGUUAGAGCCUUGUCGGUUAUUGCCAAUUAUGAGAAAGAUUAUGAAGAUUUAGUUGAAAAGUUAAGAUCGAUUGAUGAAGCAGUUGAAGGAAUUAAACAUUCUAAACAUUUAAAGAGUGUAUUUGAGAUCAUUUUGACGGUUGGUAACUAUAUGAAUGAUAGUACCAAACAAGCACAUGGGUUUAAAUUAAGUUCAUUGCAAAGAUUGAGUUUUAUGAAGGAUGAUAAGAAUAGUAUGACUUUCUUGCACUAUGUUGAAAAAAUUAUUAGAACCCAAUAUCCUGAUUUAUUGGACUUUAUAGAAGAAUUAGCCAGGUGUCAAGAUAUUGCCAAAUUUUCAAUUGAAAAUAUUAAGAAUGAUUGUCGUGAUUAUGCCGCAUCUAUCAAGAAUGUUCAAAGUUCGCUUGAUAUUGGUAAUUUGAGUGAUAUUUCCAAGUUCCACCCUGAAGAUAGAAUCUUGAAAGUAAUAUUGCCAGUCUUGCCUAGAGCAAAGAGAAAAGCGGAGUUGUUAAUUGAUCAAUCAAAGUAUACCAUGAAGGAGUUUGAUGAUUUAAUGAUUUAUUUCGGUGAAGAUCCAAAUGACCAAUUUGUUAAGAAUUCGUUUAUUUCCAAGUUUUCCAACUUCAUUACUGACUUCAAACGUGUACAAAAGGAGAAUAUGAAACGGGAAGAAGAAAUCAGACUCUAUGAGCAAAGAAAGAAAUUACUUGAAACACCACAAAGACCCAAAACUAAUGGCAAUGAGGACAACAACAGUGGUGAAGAUAGUGAAUACAACGUUAUGGAUUCUCUUUUGGAAAAAUUAAAAGCCGGUGGUAAUAAAGGUGAUGCACCAUCAGCUAGGAAACGUGCAUUGAUUAGAAAACAAUUAUUGGAGAAUCAAAGAAGACCGUCUCCAACUAAGAAACCACAGGAAAAUGAAGAACAAGAAAAAGCUACUGGAGAGAACAGCACAGCCGCGGAUUCAGAAAUUUCAAAUACUUCUCAAAGUGAACAAGAUACCAGUUCUAAUGACCCAGAUGUAACCUCAAGAGCAAGAAAUCUUUUGCAAGAACUAAGAGGAAGCAAUGACGAGAUUCAAGCCAGUGAGAAACUUUCUGCGGCACAAAAGUUUAGACAGGAAAGAUUAAGACGAAAGAUCGCUAAUUCAGGAGGGGAUCUCAUCGAUCAGGAAGAGGCAAAUGAAGGAUAA